CAGAUUAUUCACUCAUAUACAUUGCUGGGGAUAAGACAUAUAAGGUUCCUAAACAUAUUAUGUAAACAUAUACAAAUAAUUGAAUUACACUUGGGUAGAGAAGCUUGAGAAAAAGGAGACAAUAUGGGAGCAUCUUCAUCUGGCUUGUUGGAUGAGGCAAAAAUCAGCCACAUCAAAGGUCUAGUUGACAGUACACUCCAGAGUUUCAGCGUGUUUUACCAUCAGCAGUAUUCUGCAGCAUACUGUGGGCACUUGCACCAGGAGGUGGAGCCUAAGAAAGAAGGGAGGGGCCUAUUACUCACGCAAAGGCCUCAGUAUGAUCCAGAAGAUGUGCUGUACAAAGGGACUGUGAAGUUCUCCUGCUGGGACGAACAAGGGAAGAAAUGGAAAGAGAGAUACACCGUCCUGAGAAGAGACUAUAAACUAGAGAUCCAUGACAGCAUAGAGACUUUCAAUCGUGGCGCUGCAGCUAAGUUGGUCCUCCAGCCAGCAGGAGGUGUCGUUCUGACCACAGAGGAGGAGUCCAAAACUCUACUGGAGAAAAGCUGUGCUGGAAUACUCAAUGGAGUGAAGGAGGAUUCUUCUUCGGUGGUGUCUCCAGAUGUGUUUGCCGUGUACCUGCACCUGCCCUUCACAGGUCACACCUGCUUCCUGUUUCAACAGGAAGAAGAGCGGAAUCACUUCCUGUCUGCCCUCAAGACCUGCAUUAGACAUCACAACAUUGACCCUUGGUGUGAUGCGUCCUACGAGAGCCAGGCAUACAUCCGUGCCCUCGGACUCUACAGACGAGAAAAAAGUUGCUAUGAAUCCUGGGGGAUGCUUCUUGGCACUGAGGAACAAGUGCUGGCAGCUCAGGUGAUGGAGGAAGUGUUGCCGUGGUUACAGAGCCAGCUGCAGUCCAGGGUGAAGGGCAAGAAAACAGAAAGGGUUCGGCAGUGGUUGGCGACAGUGCAGGCGACCUACACUUUGGUGCUGGAGCAGCUGACUGUAGGUCUGGAGGCUCUGAGGGGGGAGUGCCGUCAGACAGCAACAGCCAAUCAGGCGCAAAUCAGAUCCAACCUGGACCAGAUAAUGUCCUCUCACUGCUUCCUGGAGGAGAAGAUCAGAGCCUCCAUAUGUGAUGAAGCAGAAAACGUGUGUAAUGAGUCCAUAGCGCCCUACAUGUCCUCCAUCCUCGAGGCACUGACUGAAAAUAUAAGCACAGCGAUUCAGGCAAUGCAACACACACUGCAGACACGGAUGGAUGCAGCUCUGAGGGACAAAAAUGGAGGCACAGAGGAAACAAAGGUCCUGUCCACUCUGUGUUCUAUCAAUCUGGAUCAGUGCUACAAGCAGGUGGAGAAUCUAAGUGAGAGAUUAAAAGACUUAAAACAGCGAUUUGGACUGAACAACACUCAGCGACUGAUUCACUCUGUACAUAUGGAGAUGGAGAAGCUGUUGGACAGUGCUGUCUAUACCUUAGAGCUUUUCCUCCAGUCAUCAGCCAGACUGCAGCCUUCUCAGGUCCCUGUGAAGAUGGAGAGAGCUAAAGAAAGAGUUCUGAAGCAACUGGACUAUGACAGUAGAAUCGUCCAGAGGAGACUCUAUCAUGAAGCUCUACUGGAGAUCACUCUGCCUGCUCUCACCAAGACGAUGGACAAAAAGUGGAAAACUGAGCUCCAGCAGUUUGAACAGUACAUUUUCUCAGAUUACAGCAGUUUCAUCCUCAUUCAUAAUGUCUACGAUGAUGUGCUGAGGAACAUCCUUAGUAAGGAGAUUGAAACAGCGGUCCAGGAUGCUGCCAGUAAGAAGAGCAACAAUCUGUUCCUGGAUACAUCGGAUCUGGCCAUCAGUCAGUACAGCCUCCUGGGUCAGACCCCUCCUCGUUCUGCACCAGGCAGCCCAGCCAUCCACGCUCGAGAUUCCUCUUGUGUUGUUCCUGCUCAAGAUAAUGAAUCUGCUCCCACUGUGGAGGAGGAAAAUCAGAAAGUCCUAUCUUAUCCAGAACCCAAUGCUGAUGCCAUACCUGACCCCAGUGGCUCCCAAACAUCAGAGGUUCUGUCUCCAGUUAUCGUGGUGACUCAGGAAAUUGAUGCAUCUGUGACCAAGGAGGAUUCUUGCAUUGAGAAAUCAUGUGAAGAUGUUCAUCCUGGAGCCGCCACACCAUCAGCAGUGGAUUCACCUGCAACUGGACCCUGCAGCUCUGACACAGAUCCACCUAAAAUAGAAGAACCACCAGAAUCACCUGACACUACUAUCCUGGUCUCUCCUGACCGUUUACUGUCCUCUGAGUCCACCCCACCGUCCACAGAUGUCCCAGCUGAUAGUGCUCAAAGUGAUCGUCCUUCACCCCCUGAAACCUCUGCUCCACCGGAUCAUACAACCUCAGAUCAGGGAUCAGAGGAGUCGCCAUCACCCCCUCCCAGCACAGACAGCACAGUGAAAAUGAGCCUCGUCUCUCUGAGUGAAGCGAUUGUUUGUAACUCUGCAGCACCUGUGGAAAGAAAUACUAUGGUUCAGCAGUCGACAGACAGAGCUGUGUAUCUGACAGGAGACAUUAGAGACAACUGGGAGAUGGACAGAGUGAAAGAGGAGAAUCAGAAAGAGGCAGCAGAGAAGGAGGAAGUUACAGAGAAACAGGAGUCAGAGGGACAAGAGAAAGAAAAAGUAAAAGAUGAAGAAGAAUCAGAGGGACAAGAGAAAGAAAAAGUAAAGGAUGAAGAAGAGGCGGAGGGACAAGAGAAAGAAAAAGAUGAAGGAGAAUCAGAGGGACAAGAGGAAGAAAAAGUAAAAGACAAAGAAGAGGUGGAGGGACAAGAGAAAGAAAAAGUAAAAGACAAAGAAGAGGUGGAGGGACAAGAGGAAGAAAAAGUAAAAGACAAAGAAGAGGUGGAGGGACAAGAGAAAGACAAAGUAAAAGAUGGAGAAUCAGAGGGACAAGAGAAAGAAAAAGUAAAAGACAAAGAAGAAUCAGAGGAACAAGAGAAAGAAAAAGUAAAGGAUGAAGAAGUGGUGGACGGACAAGACAAAGAAAAAGUAAAAGAUGAAGAAGAGGUGGAGGGACAAGACAAAGAAAAGGUGACUGAGAAAGAAGAGGGAGAAGGACAAGAGAAAGAAAAAGUGAAAGAUGAAGAAGAGUCAGAUGGACAACACAGAGAAAAAGUGACUGACAAUGAAGAGAGGGAUGAACAAGAGACUGAAAAUGCAAUUGAGAAAGAGCAGACAGAGGAAGAAGAGAAGGAGAUGACAAAAGAAGCGAGUGGUGAAAGCUGCUGCAGGCCCUGUGAAUCACCAGCAGAGGACGCUGUCAUGUUGACACCAUCUCAGGUGGUCAGGGAGGAGGAGGUAAAUAAGGAGAAGACAGAAGAAAAUGAGAAGAAGGCAGAAAAUCAAGAAGAUCGAGCAGAAAAAGAUGCAAAUAUAGACGAAGAGGAGGAGGCGGUUCUUCAGCCAAUCAAAUCCCAGCCAGAGGGCGGUGCUGAGCUGCCAUUGGACAGUGUGGCUGUCAUCAGAGGACUUGUCACUGAGGUUAUUGAGGUGGAAACAAUCGUGUCACCAUGUCCUGACAGCAGUUUUGCACCCUGACAUCCUGUUACUAUGACAACUGUAAAACAACGUAAUGACUACUGAGUUUAUGUUUCUCCCUCAGGAUUAUACAGAGUUAGAAAUCAGUCCAUUAUUCCAGAAACACAUUUUACAUUAUUUAAAUUAAAAUGAGCAUUUUUCAUAAUUAACCACGUUUUACUGUAUCUGUUGGAAUACAUACAAUAAACACCAAAGUCUUUCUACAACUUGA